GCCACCGCCCAGCCCGGGUAGGCGCGCUCCGGGCCGGGUAAAGCAGGGCUGGCACCGGAGCGGCUUGGGAUUGACGCUGACGCUGAGCCCAGGCCCGGGUUUGUCCUUCUUGGCUCGCCGUCGCCAGGCCGGCCCGGCAGCAGUGCGGCCUCCCGGCGGCAGGGAGCGCGGCCACGAGGAAAUGGGUGCGGGCUCGUCCUCGCGAGCCCAGCGAAGGAGCGGAGACGAGGACGCGCUCAGGAACUCCUGGCUGUUACUCUUGGCUUCUAAGAGAAGAUGGAAGAGAUCUUGGCUGAUCUGUGUGGUACCAGUCCGGAAGACCCACUUCCUGUGUGGGUCCAUGGUAGUGUUGGUCACUGCUUCAACCAGCUGAUUUUGAAUGUUGUCCCUCACACAAUCCUUGCAUUAGUAAGCGCCUGCUACCUCGGCACUCCAAGAUCUCCUGUCCCAGGGGCUUCCCACAGACCUGGCUGGAAAUGCAGAAUUGCUGCCUCCUUCAUACUCACUGGCCUCUCCAUCCUUGAUAUAAUCUCAGCAGCCAUCACUCAGCAGGAGUUGGGUACUUUGUAUCUGGUAGUGCUGGCAAGUGGCAUUGCCCUGCUGGCAUGGCUCACUCAUAGCCUGACACUCCUCAUGCUUUACAGGUCCACAUAUGGCUCCUCCCGUGGCCCUGCAGCCAUGGUGCUCCUAGCCCUCUUCCCUGUCCCUGCCCUUAUCAUCACACUGGUAUGGUACUGCCAGAAUGGGGUGACCUGGCCCCACCUCCACUCUGCUCACAUCUUCAGAUUCUCCAUCCUCUGCCUGCAGUUGGCCUCUCUACUUAUCUAUGUGAUCGGGUAUAUUACUCCUGUUGCCAGCAGGCAAGUUUUUUGCUCCAUCAAUGACUCCUGGCAGCGUGAACCUCUCGUCACGGAGCCAGGGAUCCCAGUGCCUAACUGGCAGGGAGUGGCAGAGGAUGGUGAAAGCUGGCUCUCACGCUUCUCUUAUGCUUGGAUGAACCCUCUUAUGAAGCGUGGCUAUCAGUGGAUGCUGAAUCGGCCACAGGACGUCUAUCUGCUACCUCGACGGCUCCAGGCUGCCAGGGUCCGUGAUCAUUUCUACUCCUGCUGGCAGGAAAAGGCAGCUCUCAGCCAAGAGGAGGAAGAUACAAUGUCUUCCACUAGCCCAAUUGUCACCAAAAGUGAUGGGAGUGGAGAUGCCUCCUCAUCUUCAGGAAGCCCCUGUGAUGCCCAGAAGGCUGUGCAACUCUUCGCAGUGCUGCAUGCAGCCUUUGGGCUCCGCUACUACUCCCUAGGGCUCCUCAGACUGGCUGGCAGCCUGUUGGGCUUCUCAGGUCCCCUGCUCCUGAACCUGCUGGUUAGCUUCAUGGAGUCGCACCAGGAGCCUCUGAGCCAUGGGGUGCUGUAUGCCCUCAGCCUCUUUGCUGGCUCCUUCCUGGGUGCUCUCUUGCGGAACCAGUUCAGCUAUGAGGUGAACAAGGUGAUGCUGACGGUGCGUGCGGCAGUCAUCUCUGCCAUCUAUCGCAAGGCCCUGCGGGUUAGUGGCAGCAGUCUGGCUGGCUUCACCAUGGGCGAGAUUGUCAACUUCAUGAGCACAGACACCGAUCGGCUGGUCAACUUCUGCGUCAGCUUCCAUGAGGUGUGGAGUCUCCCUUUCCAGUUUGCCAUCACCCUCUACCUCCUCUACCAGCAGGUGGGGGUGGCCUUCCUGGGAGGCCUAGCCCUGGCUCUGCUGCUUGUGCCUGUCAACAAGGUCAUAGCAAACCGUAUCAUGGAGAACAACAAGGAGAUGCUGAAGCACAAAGACACACGAGUUAAGCUGAUGACAGAGUUCCUGUGUGGCAUGCGAGUGAUCAAGUUUUACACCUGGGAGCAGCACUUCGGUGCCCGGAUAAAUGCCUGCCGAGCCAAGGAGCUGCAGAAGCUGCGAGCCAUCAAGUACCUGGAUGCUGUGUGCGUGUACCUGUGGGCAGCACUGCCAGUAGUCGUCUCCAUUGUCAUCUUCAUUACCUAUGUCCUGCUGGGGCACCAACUCACUGCCACCAAGGUAUUUACAGCCUUGGCGCUUGUUGGGAUGCUGAUUCUUCCCCUCAAUAACUUCCCCUGGGUGUUGAAUGGAAUCUUGGAUGCCAAAGUGUCCCUGGAUCGCAUCCAGCGUUUCCUUGAGCUCUCUGACCAGGACCUGCAUGCUUAUUACACCACUGAUGGCCCCACAGACCCAUCCUCUGCACUGGAAAUGCAUCACUCCACCUUCUCCUGGUCACCGCCCAGGGAGGAGAGCACCAGGCAGCACCUGUCUGGAGGGACUCUGCAGAUCUUCAUUCAGGACCUGGCAGUGGCCAAGGGGGCGCUGGUGGGAGUUGUUGGGAAGGUUGGCUGUGGGAAGAGCUCUCUGCUUGCAGCAAUCACUGGAGAACUCAACAGACUUGGUGGGCAAGUGUAUGUCUGGGAUCUGGAGCGAGGAUUCGGCCUGGCCACCCAGGAGCCUUGGAUCCAGUUUACCACUGUCCGUGAGAAUAUCCUCUUUGGGAGGGACUACGAUGCCAGGCUCUACCAGGAGGUGCUUGAGGCCUGUGCACUUUCCGAUGAUCUGAAUAUCUUACCAGCAGGUGACCAGACGGAGGUGGGUGAGAAUGGAGUGACCCUUAGUGGGGGACAGAAGGCUCGAAUCGCUCUUGCUAGAGCCGUUUAUCAGGAGAAGGAGAUUUAUCUUCUUGAUGAUCCACUGGCAGCUGUUGAUGCUGAUGUAGCCAAUCACCUUAUGCAGAAAUGUAUUCUGGGAGUUCUCAAACACAAGACCAGGAUUCUCUGCACACACAGGACGGAGUUUUUAGAGAAGGCUGACACCUUGCUGCUCAUGGACAAUGGCAGAAUAGUCAAGAUAGGUACGCCAUCUGAAAUCCUGCCACUGGUGGAAGCCACCCCCAAGGUCAAUGAGAAGAAUAAGAGGAGGCAGAAUAAAGUCCCUGCUGAGCAAGGCCAGAAGGAGGACAUGGAGAUAGAGGCAGAGGAACUGGGCCAAGCUACCUGCCUCCUCCAGCGGGAGGAAGAAAAGAAAGAAGGGGCAGUAGCUUUUCAGGUGUAUAGGGCAUAUUGGCUGGCAGUGGGCAGCUGCCUAGCAUUGUCCAUCCUCUUCUCCCUGCUCCUGAUGCAAGCAUCCGGGAACGUCUCAGUUUGGUGGCUGUCACACUGGAUCUCCAACCUGCCCCAGACGGCAAACAUCUCCAUGAGGCCCCUGUCAGCUUCUGUCCCUUCCCCACAGCUGCUGCUCUUCUCCUUUGCGGGGCUUGUCUCCCGCGUCCAGGUGUUGGGCACAGCUCCAGUCCAUCCCAAUAGCACACUGGAUGUGAACUUCUACCUGAUGGUGUAUGGCGGCAUUGCUGGGGCCAACUCAGUCUUCACCAUCCUGCGGGCCUUCCUCUUCGCCUACGGCACCAUCCGCGCUGCCACUGUCAUUCACAGCCGGCUGCUCCAGAGAGUGAUGAAGGCCACGGUGACCUUUUUUGACAUUACGCCGAUGGGCCGGAUCCUGAACCGCUUCUCUUCGGACCUGUACUGUGUGGACGACAGCCUGCCCUUCAUCCUCAACAUCUUCCUGGCCAAUGUCUUUGGGCUGCUGGGCAUGCUGGUGAUGAUAACCUAUGGGCUGCCCUGGAUUGGCCUGAUCUUGCUGCCGCUGGCUGCCCUCUACUUCUCCAUCCAGCGCUAUUACCGGCGCACCUCCCGUGAGCUCAAGCGCCUCUACAGCCUCACCCUGUCCCCCAUCUACACCCACUUCUCAGAGACCCUGACAGGGCUGAGCAUUAUCCGAGCCACCCGGGCCACAGACAGAUUUGAGGCAGAGAAUCAGCUGCGACUGGAGCAGAACCAGCGCUGCCUCUUCGCCAGUAACACCGCCAUGCAGUGGCUGGACAUCCGCCUACAGAUGAUUGGAGUUGCUGUGGUUACAGCUAUAGCAGGAAUCGCCAUCAUCCAGCACCAGAGGCAACUGGGAAAUCCAGGUCUUGUAGGCCUGGCCCUCUCGUAUGCCCUGUCUGUCACAAACCUGCUGUCAGGCCUCAUCUCCAGCUUCACACAGACAGAGACCAUGAUGGUGAGUGUGGAGCGAGCAGAGGAGUACUCCACAGACAUCCCCAUAGAGCCCCAGGAGCAGCUGGUCCAGGUUGCCUCUGACUGGCCGAGCCGGGGCCACGUGGAGUUCCAGCAGGUGGUUCUGACAUAUCGGCCAGGACUGCCCAAUGCUCUGGAUGGGGUGACCUUCAUCAUCUACCCUGGAGAGAAAGUGGGGAUUGUGGGGCGCACUGGAUCUGGCAAAUCUACCAUCUUCUUGGCACUCUUCCGCAUGGUGGAGCUGAGGGGGGGACGGAUCCUCCUGGACAAUGUCGACAGCCGAUCGGUGGGCUUGGAGAGUCUGAGAUCCAAACUGGCCAUAAUCCCCCAGGACCCAUUUUUGUUUAGUGGGACAAUCCGGGAGAACUUGGACCCCCUGGGGCGACAUACAGACUCUGACCUAUACCAGGUGCUGGAGCAGUGCCACCUACAGGCGGUGAUUACUCAGAUGGGUGGACUGGACUGUGAGCUGGGGGAGAGAGGGAAGAGUCUGUCGGUGGGACAGAGGCAGCUCAUGUGUCUGGCAAGAGCCCUCCUGACCCAGGCCAAGGUGCUGUGCAUCGAUGAGGCCACAGCCAGUGUGGAUCAGAAGACCGAUCAGCUGCUACAGCAGACCAUCCGCCAGCGCUUUGCUGACAAAACUGUGCUCACGAUUGCUCACAGGCUGAACACCAUCCUGGACUCAGACCGUGUGCUAGUGAUGCAUGCAGGGAAGGUGGCAGAGCUGGAUUCACCUGCUGUCCUCAGCAAGAGGGAAGACUCCUUGUUUCAGCGACUCUUGACCAGUGGGCAGCAAUGACUUCCCUGCUAAGAGACUGAGACCAGUGACGAGCACCUCCUGGCUGCACACCUGCAAUCCCCAUCUCCACUGGACCCCAACAGCUCGAGGGUGCAGGCACCUACUUCCUGCUGGGCCAGGAGCUGCCAUAGGGGAUGCACUAGCCUGCACAAAGGACAAAAGGGUGACACUGGUUCUUGGUUUGGGUCCUGCUCAGCCUGGACCUUGUUUCAGGUGCAGUCCCCUGAGCCAUGAUGGGGUUGGACCAAAACUUAUAGGUCUGGAUCAAGAGUCCUAGGAUGAAGAAACAUGCUCCUGGCUUGGGGCAGCAUCCCCUUUGGUGUAAUGAGGGUUUAUUCUCUACUGUCAGGUGACUCCCAUUCAAGGACUUGUAAUUUAAAA